UGAUCACAGCCACUGGAACCCUCUCUCAGAACAGAAGCACCAAGUUCUCUCUCUUUCAUCUCCUACAGUUGCACCAUGUCUAAGAGAUUCAGUGCCUUCUCUGCUGCCCCCCAGGGAAACAGCGUUAGUUCUGUUAGAAUCAGCAAGACCUUUUCCUCAGGUGGAGGUGGAUCAGCAUAUGGAAGGCAAGGGGGUUUCAGCAGCUCUAGCCUGUCCAACCUUGGGUCAGUGAGGAAGAGCAAUGCCUACUCAGUAUCUAGCAGCAGGGCAGGCCUUGGUGGUGGCUCUGGUCUUGGUGGUGGGUAUGGUGGUGGGUCUGGAUUCGGUGGUGGAUCUGGAUUCGGUGGUGGGCUAGGUUUUGGAGGUGGCCAGGUAGCCUCACAAGGAAUCCAUGAAGUCACCGUCAACCAGAGUCUGCUGGCCCCACUGAACCUGGAAUUUGACCAUCAAAUCCAGGAUGUCCGAAAGGAGGAGAGGGAGCAGAUCAAGACCCUAAACAACAAGUUUGCCUCUUUCAUUGACAAGGUCAGAUUCCUAGAACAGCAAAACAAGGUACUGGAGACAAAAUGGGAUCUCCUACAAAACCAGAAAUCUUCCAAAGCAGCUAGUAACAUUGGCCCCAUGUUUGAAGCUUACAUCAGCAACCUGAGAAGGCAGCUGGACUCACUGGGAAAUGACAAAAACAAACUGGAUGGUGAACUAAGGAACAUGCAAGACUCAGUGGAAGACUUCAAGAACAAGUAUGAGGAUGAAAUCAACAAGCGCACUGGAGCUGAGAACGAGUUCGUAGUCCUGAAGAAGGAUGUCGAUGCUGCCUACAUGAACAAGGUGGAGCUGGAGGCUAAGGUGGAUGGUCUGACAGAUGAGAUCAACUUCUUGAGAGCUUUGUAUGAAGCAGAAUUAAAUGAUUUGCAGGCAAAGAUCCAGGACACCUCGGUUGUCCUCUCCAUGGAUAACAACCGCGCUUUGGACCUAGAUGGCAUCAUUGCUGAAGUCAAAUCUCAGUAUGAAGAUAUUGCCAACAAGAGCCGUAUAGAGGCGGAAAAUACGUACCAAAGUAAGUUCCAGGAGCUGCAAGCCAGUGCAGGCAAACAUGGAGAUGAUCUACGCAACACAAAGGCUGAGAUCUCCGACUUGAAUCGUGCAAUCCAGAGGCUGCAGGCUGAGAUUGAAAAUGUUAAAGCCCAGCGUGCCAAACUGGAAGCCCAGAUUGCUGAAGCUGAGGAGCGCGGUGAAUUGGCAUUGAAAGAUGCCCGGGAGAAAUUGGCUGAAUUGGAAGCUGCUCUGCAGAAGGCCAAGCAGGACAUGGCGCGCCAGCUCAGAGAAUACCAGGAGCUGAUGAAUGUGAAAUUGGCUUUGGAUAUUGAAAUUGCCACCUACAGGAAACUCUUGGAAGGAGAAGAAAGCAGACUUUCUGGUGAAAAUGUCAGCGCUGUCACUAUGUCUGUGGUAAACUCCAGCUCUGGAGGUAGCGGCGGUAGCAGUGGAUUUGGUGGCUAUGGAGGUGUAUCAAGCAGUUAUGGCGGUGGAAGUGGAAGCUACGGAGGAGGAUCUGGCUAUGGCAGCUCUGCCAAAUACGGCAGUGGUGGAUCAUCCGGUGUGAAAUCUUAUUCCGUGACAACCACAUCAUCCAGCAGAAGUUCUAGAUACUAAGAAAUCCCUGUAUCUACUGUUCAAUGACAGUUCUAGCUCUAACCAUGUCUCUUAGCAUUUGUUGCCUAUGUUAUAAACCUACCACAAAUAAAAAAAAAAUCUCUUUUAUUUGAGUGUUUUUGCCAUACCUAGACAUCAUAUGACCUGUCUAGUAAAUUGAUGUUGGCUUAGGUUUCAUUAUCACAAAAGUUCUUGAAGCUGUCCACAAAAAUCUUAGUUACUGAUAACAGGUGCAUUUGACAUGUGCUUAGAUGCUGACAUUGUCAAAAAGCAGUGCUUCUCUCUCUCUGCCUGUCCUUGCAGUUUUCUCCUGUGCUUCUCCUUACUGCUCCUUAAAUGCAUGCUCUCCUUGAGCUUGUCACCAGUGGUCUUGGGAACACCUAGUGGUGAUUGCAAGACAAAGCUUGGUGCCCUUUCUUACAUAUAAUUCCCCCAAAAUACCAUUGAAAAUGUUUCAUUAAAAACCCGUAGAGUCAAUUUGGUCAAUACACCAUGGGAAUGUGCAGAUCCCCAAAAAACUAAAUUUAACAGUAUUUGUGGGUGGAAUUUUUAUAUUUGUAUUUUUUCCUUGUUGCUAAGUGACUCUCAACAAUUGUAUAUAUCAAUAGAGAUAUAUGGUGCUAAUAUGACCCACCAGGAAAGAUCACAAAGUCUCUGACACUACUGAAUUUGCCAGGCAGCAAGUUAUUUUGGAAUUUUACGAACGCUUUUUACUAAAGUAGGUACCUGCAUCUAGAAACAACCCUCUGUAAGAAAGCAUUCUUUUUUGGUUUCCACUCUGUAAUAUUGUCUGUAUUAGUUGGUGGAAGUCUUCUGACUUUGUGAGAAGGGAUUGUAUGUUUGCUGUGAAAACAUGAAGCAUUUUAAAUAAAAUUCCUUCAAUCUA